GUGUGCCAUAACUCUAAAGUGCAGUCUGCUCCGCGCGCGCGCGUGCACCGACGGGCUUGUGAUUCGGACGGUGAUAUCGGUCUCACACUUUCACCUCAGCGCAGAAACGAUGGUUUCCAUCGGUAAGGUGCUCCUCGGAGUGUUCGGGGUGGCGGUGGUCGUCAUUCUGAUAGCGGUACCCACGGCUAUAUUCUUGAAAGAGGAGCAGGAGGGGAACAAGAACACGAGAUUUUUCACACUGGAGGAUGUCUUCAACAGUUCACUGAAACCAAAGUCCAUCAGCAUGAGGUGGAUCUCAGAUCACGAGUUUCUGAAUAAGUCCCAGGGCUCAGUUUUCCUCCAGAACGUGGUCACAGGAGUGUCCUCUGAGUUCUUGAGCAGAGACAACUUCAGCGAAAAGGGCGCUUAUGAUUACCAGCUGUCCGCUGACCGCAACUAUGUUGCAUUCAUGAGCAAACGUUCCAAGCUGUGGCGGCAUUCUUUUACUGCUACAUAUUCACUCUAUGACCGGGUAUUAAACACAUUUCUCCCACCCUCUGACAUUCCUGAAGAGAUCCAGUACUUUGCCUGGGCUCCUCAGGGGAACAAAUUGGCCUAUGUUUGGAAAAACAAUGUGUAUAUAAAGAUCAGCUCUGGGUCGCCCCCGAAGCAAGUCACUGACAAUGGCAAGGAGAAUCUGAUUUUGAAUGGGAUCCCAGACUGGGUGUAUGAGGAGGAGAUGUUCUCAUCCAAUCAGGGCCUCUGGUGGUCCCCUGGAGGAAAGUACGUGGCUUACGUUGAGACCAACGACACAGACGUCCACACCAUAGAGUACGCCUGGUAUGGCGAGAACCAGUACCCCAGCACUGUUUCCAUUCCAUAUCCAAAGCCUGGUACUCCCAACCCUACUGUGAGACUGUUUGUUGUGGACACUGACAACAAAACUAAUAUCUCUGAGGUUGUUGUUCCAGCCUCCUUCAGCUCGAGUGAGCACUACUUGGCGACUGUUACUUGGGCAACCGAUGAACGUCUUGCUGUCCAAUGGCUGAAGAGAGCACAAAACCACCUCAUCCUUCAGAUCUACAAUUUUAGUGGAGUCAGCUGGGUUCCCGAUGAGCACCUGGAGGUGAAGAGUCUCAAUGGAUGGAUUGGAAGGUUCUCUCCACCAGAACCAGUCUUUGACGAAGACAAGAACAGCUAUUACCUGUUGAUGAGCAACACCGAAGGGUACAAGCACAUCCAUCAUGUGGUUGGGGGCACAGCUACAGCAAUCACCUUUGGAGCAUGGGAAGUCAUCGACAUUCUGAAAGUAACUGCAGACAGUGUAUAUUAUUCAAGUAAUGAAGAGGGCAACAAGCCAGGUGGAAGGAACGUUUACAAGUGGACCAAACAAGGGCCCAAGUGUCUGACUUGUGGGUUCCGCGGAGAAGACUGUCAGUAUAACUCUGCCUACUUCAGCCACAAUGCCUCCUUCUACCGUAUGAGCUGCAGCGGUCCUGGCAUUCCUUACCAUUCUCUCAUGGAUAACAGGAAUGAUAAAGAGCUCAAUGUUUUGGAGGACAAUCAAGCAUUUAGCAGCCUGAUAGCUGACAUCCAAAUGCCGACUAUGCGACGCCGCUCCAUCACACUCCAAGGAUACAAUCUCUGGUACCAGAUGUUUUUGCCUCCAGGUUUUGAUGAAUCCAAGAAGUACCCUUUACUAAUAGAUGUGUAUGCCGGUCCCUGCAGUCAGAAAGCAGACUACGUCUACAGGGUGAGCUGGUCCACCUACCUGGCCAGCACUGAGAAAGUCAUCGUCGCCAGCUUUGAUGGAAGAGGAAGCGGGUACCAAGGCGACAAGUUAAUGCACGCAAUCUACAAAGGUCUGGGAACCUAUGAAGUGGAAGAUCAGAUAACAGCAGCCAGGGAAUUCAUCAAAAUGGGCUAUGUUGACAAAGACAGAAUUGCUAUUUGGGGCUGGUCUUACGGCGGAUACGUGACGUCAAUGGCCUUGGGAUCUGGAAGUGGAGUUUUCAAAUGUGGAAUGGCGGUCGCUCCAGUGUCCAAAUGGGAAUAUUAUGAUUCCAUCUACACGGAGCGCUACAUGAUGGAGCCCUCAGAGAAUUAUCCGGCCUACAUUAAUUCCACAGUAACUGCCAGGGCCAAGAAUUUCCAUUCAGUGCAGUAUCUUCUGGUUCAUGGAACAGCUGACGACAAUGUUCAUUUCCAGCAGGCAGCCGAGAUCUCUGAAGCUCUGGUGGACGAGCAGGUGGACUUUGAGGCGAUGUGGUACACGGACAAGGAUCAUGGGCUCGGCGGCUCGGCCUACCAACACGUCUACACACACAUGAGUCACUUCCUACAGAGGUGCUUUGCAUGAGGUCCACUGGAUCUCUUUACAUUGCCUCAUGUGAAUAAUUAGUGCUCCAAACGCCAGAAAAGUACAAAAUGUCAUAAUAUAGUUCUGUGUCUGAGAAGUCAGAAAAAAAAGCUUAUCUGUAAAUUUUAACUUACAGUUUUACUUGUAACACAGACAUGAAAAAUGUGAUUUAUUUUGUAAUUUUUUUUGUUUCAUUGAUUAAAGUUUUAAAGAGGU